AUGCGUGUGUACACGUGGCUGGAGGAGAUUGGGUUCGUCUCCGUCCGUGGUCAGCAAAACAUCCUGGUUAUCCGUCGCAGUGAUUAUAUAAGCCCCUUGGAAAGGCAGGCAAGCCGCACUGUAAGAACUCUUUUUACCGGUUGCCGGAAGAUGGCCAUAUGCCAAGGGGCCCUGCCCUGUCUUGGACGUAAAAAUGUUCCUGUUUACGAAAUCUCGGGGAUGCUAGUAAAUCCGUUCUCGGCUCCCUUCCCGCCGGGAGACUUUAAUUCCCAGGCGUAUGGAAAUUCAUGUCCCCGGAGCUUGGACUGCACCCUUCAGAGGCGGGAAUUUUGCCCCCCAGGCUCUCACUCCUGCGGCCCUUGCCUCUCUGCGUUUGUGGAAGAUGAGCAAGGCAACUGCAUCUUCCGGAAGCAGACCCCUGGCGGGCGAUCCACUGUUCCCAACUUAGACGAAGAAAUUGACUUAGUGGCAGGCGCCAUCGCGCACCAGAACGACGCUCAUCUACGCCUCGCUCAGGAUGAAGCCCCAGCACUUACUAGCCCGCACUCCAGGGUCGGCGUGUCAAAGGCAGAAUCCUCGCAGAGAAGCCGUGCGGGGCACUCGGAGGCCACCCCGCGAACAGAGACUGUCCAACGCUCUCCUGUGGAGUCCCCACACAUGUCUUCAAAUGAUGCCCUUAUCCUAGGUAAGUUUUUUUUUCAUCCUCACGACAGCAUCCCUGUGAGGCUGCAGAAGGAAAUCAGGCUCGCUCAGAAGGCCAACUACCCGUCUCAUAAGCUUCCAGGUCCUCCGCCGUACGACAAGAUCUCACCUGGAGAUAAAAAGUUGGCUCAGAGCGCUCAGAUGUAUCACUACCAACACCAGAAGCAACAGAUGCUCUCCAUGGAGAAGCAAAAAGAAGAGGCCAAAGCUCCUGAAUCGGCGUCAUCGGAUGAAGAAAACGAGGAUGGAGACUUCACAGUGUAUGAAUGCCCUGGGUUGGCUCCAACGGGGGAGAUGGAAGUCAAGAACCCCCUCUUCGACGAUGCCUCGUUGCGCCCUCCGCCACCCCAGCUGCAUCCGUGACUGUGGCCGGCUUGGUCACGCCGUAGACUCUCGAUGCCAAAACGCCGCACUUCGGAACGCCCCUUGCGCCAACCUUCUGCACACACACACACACACACCUUUGGAAGGAGGAGCGCCCGCUGCACCCCGCCCGGAGGCUGGACUGUCGUGUUCUUCACCCGCAGCAUCAUUAUUUCCCGAAUAAAACACCACCUUCUUAGGCUUUUGGCCGCCUCCCCUUGCGCGCCAGCAUCGUCUUCGGCUUCGUUUUGAUGCUUCUCGCCCGUUCCAAGAGCCAGACACCUGGAUAUCUUUUUCAAGGGAGGGGGGACUUGGGAUGGGUGGUGGGAGAGGGAGGGAAGGAAGGGGCCCAGAGUUUCGCUCGGCGUCCUUCUUUGGCGGCCCCUCCCCACGCCCCCACGUUCAUCACAACGCCGGACAGUAAAGCAAAACUCGAAAUCGGGUUGGCUCCGUUUGGAAGCUUUGCUUUCAAUCCAGCGCUGUUUAUUUUUCCACCAAAUGAGGAAAAAAUAACACAUUAAAACUGGAACACAGGAGUGACAGGGGAAGGGGGUUCACCGAUUCCUCCCCCCCAAAAUUUAUAGCCUUUCCAUGUAAUGCAGCUGGACCUGAAGGAGGCAAUCAACUGCUCGGUCCAAAGUCUCGCUUCCUCCCCCCUUCAAACUGCUCCUUUGUAAAAGCGCACCCAUUUUUUACAGCUGGCUGGGAGAGCAAAGUGAGGGGGGGGGAGAAGUGGAGUUUCUGGCCGGUGAAAGCCGAGGAAAGCAUCGCGCAGAAGAGGGCACUGUUUCACCCUCUUGAUUUCUUCCCCUUAAAAAAUAUCUUAAAAAUUGUCAUUUGGCUUUGUUCGGAGUAAACGAAGUGGAUUUAACUGGGAGGGGUGGGAGACCCCCCUGCCCCCC